CUCGAUCGUUUUAUAAAAUUAUCAUUGUAUGUAGUGCUGUUACUAUUGUGAUAUGCCGUGUUUAAAUUUAAUGAAACCUUUUAGAUUGUUAAAAGAAAAUGAAAUUCCCCCUCCCCCGCUGCAAGCUAAAAUAAAUAAAGAAACUGAAGUUAAGACAUCUGGCAACAGGCUCCGUAUCUUUUUUAAAUUUGGAUUAUUUGUUUUGAUGUAGGGAGUGUUGCUGCUAUGUAUUUGUGAUAUUAUGUGCUAUUUUACUUUAUUUACUUUAAAAGGAGAUGAUUCAGUUAGUAGUUUCCAGAAUUAAAAUGGCAGAUAUUUUGAAAGACGUUGUAACGGGCGAAAUAUGUUUGAACGAUUUUAUAGAGUGGUUAAAAUACGACAAGUCGGAUAUUGAAAAACUUAGGUUAGUCGGAAAUUCUGAAUUUAUUCCUUUCUUUUUAAAUUACGUCAAAGAUAAAUGUUCCCAGGUGCUAAAGAGCGGAAAAGAUGAUUCAGUAGCUAUUCAAAAAAUUGUUAAUAGCCGUUUUCCUGAUACUACAUCGAAAGUAAACAAGGACCAUGCAAAAGAAAAUGUGAAUUAUCAAUACCCAAAAUUUAGGGAAUUAGGUGUAGGUGCUAGAAAUAAUGAACAGAUUUAUAACACUGAUGGGAUCAAAACCAAACCAACGGUUGUUUAUCAAAAUGGAUAUUCUCAACCGAAAUCAAUGGCUGUACACCAAAAUGGAUAUUCCCAAGCAAAAUCAACGAUUAUUCAUAAAAAUGAAUAUUCUCAAGCAAAACCAACAACUAUUCAUCAAAAUGGAUAUUCCCGCGUGAAAUCAGUGACCAGUUGCCAUGAUACAUUUAAACAGUCUAGGAACUUUCACAAAAUACCACAGAACAUGAAUUUAGGUUGUGCUCCAUAUUUGCAUAAGCAGAAAGAUUUUAUAAGUUCUUUUCAUAAAACAAAAACUAAUCCACAGAUCCCUGACAUUAACAGUGUUGAAGCUUUUCCACCAGUAAGUGGAAACAUUGAUCAUACCAGAGCACGGCGGAGAAUAACACCAACACCGAUUCAGGCUUCUGAUAAUAGUUCCUUAAGAUUUGGGCAUUCUUGCUUCUCAGCUCCAAUGGAGAAGGUUCAGAGUGAUGUGUUUAAAAUGAUGCCACAACAAGAACAAUCAUAUUCAACCUUACAAGAAGAGAGAGACAUGCUGAAAUACACAAGAAGUGUAAUGUCAAAACCUCCUAGUGUAUCUUCUAACACUGCUAUUAAAAAAAGUGUAAUGCAGCCUGUAAACGUUGAGUAUAUAGUUCCAAAUCCUGAGAACAUAUAUUUUCAGGAGCAAAUAUUAAUUAUUGCAGAAAUAUAUGGGUUUUUAAUGAGUAAUGCAUUAGUAUCGAAUAUAACAUCAGAGUUAUAUUUUUUGUUUGAACUAGUCACUGCUAGAGUCAGCAUUGAAGGUAAGCCUUCUGAAGAUGAUAUUCUUUCUUCAGUCCAUAACUGUGUUUACUUUGCUGUUUCCAUCUUGAGUAAACAUUGUUAUUUACUACAAGUUUUAGAUAAUGCAACAUUAUCCUCUUUGUCCGAAAUUCCAUAUUUAUUUACAUUUUCUCCACAGCUUGUUAACUUUCUGCAGGUGUAUUUAGAUGUUGGUGAAUUCAGUCAUAGUUUGGCAAAACAAGAAACAGUAGCCUCAUUGAAUUCGAUAAACAGUGUAGCCUUUCAGGCAGAAGAAGACAGCCGAUCGAAUUUUAUAAAUGAUAAUACUUUUGUCAGUUUUAGAAAGCAGAGAGAUUUAUUUUAUGAAUUACUGCAGGAAUGGCAGCAGAAGUCGAUGGAAUAUGUCGAUUCUAAAUUCUAUGAAAAAUUUUCACGGAAGGCGAAGCUUCUUGUGAAUCUUGGACCAAAUACUGUAAAUUUGUACCACUUAGCUAAAUUAUUCCAUUCACAACUGAUUGCUAGUUGUUUAUAUCUUGAAGUCAGUGAGGUUAAAGAUGAAUUACUACGUGAUAUUCAGAGGAAUUUUCCUGGCAAAUUUGAAAAAUUGCAAGAAAGGUUUUUAAUGCCAUUUUGCAGUGGUGGACUCAAUCCAUCCCCUACAUUUUAUGGAAUUCAGUCAUUUUUUUAUGAAUUACUAAAUGCUGCUGGUUCUGCGUGCCUGAACCAACAUUUAACAAAUAUUCUUGUAAGUAAUCUAUUAGAUUUAAAUAAUGUAGAUAUUUCUUUAGAUGCUGAUGUGACUUCCUUACUGGCUAUAAAAGAGAAAUAUAGACUUUUAAUGCACACGAUGCGUUUGCUUGGUAAAUUUCUCGGGUAUUUACAUUUCUCACCUUACAAAGUGACUGAUACUUUACCUAGUAAUGUUGUGUAUAGUCAGCUUGCUACUCGUAAAUAUCAUAAGCCUCCUUUGGAUGUAGCAGAAUUACUUAUAGAAUCUGUUAAAAAUAAUAAGAUUAUUUUGACCGUUCCUUGGGUUAUUGAAUUUUUGAGUAUGAUGGAUCCUAUAGCGUUAAAUAUUGAACACUAUAUAAAAACUUUACAAAUUUUAACAGAUAUCUAUCGAUGGGAAGAUUUUAAAGCUAUACCUACAGAGAGCAUUUUAUUUGUUAGGCUCAUUAUUGGAUGGCUGUUCGAUGUUUUGGAGUAUCCUAAAAAGUAUGAAUUGUUAAUUAAACCGGAAUCUUUUGAAUACCAUAAGAAUUUACAAAGUUGUGGUAUAGAUUUCUUGGCAGUUGUUGACAAACAACUUAUACGUUCCUGUUGUCCAUAUUUGAUUGAAUUUAGAGUUCUAAUCUAUAACUUUUUGAAUGGUAUCAAAAACAGAAACGGAGAAAUACGUAAAAUCACACCCUUAUCAACCAAAAUCGAGAAAACAAGUUCAGCUUCAGUCAUUAAGAAACAACUUAAUAUUCAGCUUGAAGAUAACUUCUUUUCCUAUCAUCCGCCUUCUGUUAAAAAGACUACGGAAUUUGUUGCAGACAGAAUGGCAUCAAAGACUAUAGGCAAAAUACGUUCUGAAGUUACAGAAUUGAAACUGACUGUUGUGAAAAAUAUUAUGAGUGAUAAACAAUUUUCAUCUAUGUAUGCUUCUAAUGCUUUAAACAAAAUUCAGAUUGAUGCAGUAAUUGAUGAUAACGUGCUGCAUGUUUAUAACGACUUUCAGACUAAGUUACAAGAUUUUCUAAAAGCCAUUCACAAAAAUAUUGAAAAUACUCUGCCGCUGUUGUUAUCUGAUGAUACGAAGCCAGUUGUGUUGGAUAUGUGCAGCAAAGUUGCAUAUCGACUUGCAGCUGACAAAACUGCAGAUUGGAUUGAUUCCAACUUAUUGCUCGACCCAAUAAAGUCUGAUAUUAAGAACAAAUUAUUUCAUUUAAAGAGAGGUGAAGUUGAAAGCAAAGCAGAUAAAAGUAUUGAUCUAAGUUACUGGAUUCAGUUUCUAAGAAAGACAAUUUUAGAUGUGCAUUCUAAAUCAGAAAGCUUGACUGUUGAUGUACUUACAUCUGUAACUUUGAAAAUUGCAACUCUUAUUACAGAUGAGAAGGUGAAUACUAUUCUAAAAAAGAUUCUUUUAUUGACAGUUGAUUUGUAUAUAGCUGUAGUUGUACAUGCUCCUGUACUCUGUUGCAGUAACAUUUUGCAAAAUUUUGUUUCAUUGUGGUUAAAAUUGCCUGAAAAUGUUUUAUGUGAAAAACUAUUUUUAUGUCCUAAAAAUAUAAAAUUUCUGUUAACUAGUAAAUCCUUGGAAAUCAGUUGGGCAGCAUACUUGCAAAUCUUUGAUGAUUUGCUCAAAAGAAACAUAUUUAAUGUUCAGCAGCUUCAGUUAUGUUUAAAAUGUGUAAAUGAAUUACAGUGGGAAGACAAACGUAUGGAGAAAGUUUUAAGUGAGUUUAGUGACACUUUAACAAAAUAUUCACUAAGUUAAGCUUUUGGUCAGGACGCUGCCUGAUAAGCUCUAAUUAGUUAUUAUUUUAUGAACAGAAUUAAAAUGUAAAUUAAUAAAUUAUGUACAUAUGUAAUAAUGAUAAAAGCUUAAAAUGACAAAGUAUAUAAAUAAAUAUAUGCAAACAUUGAGACUGUUUGAUGACAAUUUAUCAGAUUUGUGAGUCAUAAUAAUUAAAACUGAAACAUUGUAUAAAUGUUUUAUAAAAUUUUAUGUUUAUUUGUAUAAAUAUUUUGCAUUUUCAAAAUAUAAUAAGUAUUUUAUUUUAAUGGAAUUUUCAAAUUUAAUUCAGUGAAUAUAAUUUCUUAUUAUAUGUGUGUUAUUUAAAGAGAAUGAGGGGGAAAGACUAUGUCUCCCUUAUUAAUAAUUGUACAUCUUGGAAAUCAAGAGGAGAAAAUUACACAGUGUACAUUAAUUAUAUCUGAAGACAGAAGUCAAAAAAUUUUUUUAAAAAAAGGUGAUAUGAAGAGGUAUACUAAUAUUAUUGUAUUUUUAUAUUUGAAAGACUAACUUACAAUUAUGAUUUGCUGUACUUUUUACUCAUCCAUUUUAUUUUCCUAUGCAUCCAUAUCUGUGCUGUUAUAUAUUGAAGGUUCCUAAAUAUAUGCAAAUAAUUAUAAUAUAUGCAGUCCUGGUAAUUGAAUGCAGGGACAGAGAUAUGCUAGAUAAUAGGGCUAAAAUUUCCAUAAAGAAGUGUUUACAAAUAAAAUUUAUGAAAAUGAGCAUCUUUAAACAUUUUUCUUUUAAAAUCAAGUUGAAAACAUUGUAAUUUCAAAUUCUUUUUUAAAAAUGUAUAAAUUUUCAGAAUACUUUAAUCCAUUGCAGAUGUGAUAUACUGUCACCAUAGUUAUACAUAAGUGAAACUCUGUUGUCCACAGAGGAGUUAAAUAUAGACAUGUUGAGUUAUCAAAUAACAAGUAAUGUGAAAGAAAAUAUGCUGGUUAUUCUUGUUCUUAACUCGAGCUCUUAUAACUUGUUCACUCAAGUGUUGGAGAAAUUGAGCCAUUUGCCUAAUCAUGUUAUUCAGAAGUAGACCCCCUUUUAUUUUAAUCAUUAUGUAAAAUGAGAAGUUUUUUUUUUUUUUUUUGGUUGUGUAUAACAUAAAAUAUUUAACAUUUUAUAAGUUCUUCCUAAUCCUGUAGUAUCACUGCCUAGCACCUUACAGGCUUAUAAAUGUUCCAGCAUCAUGUUGCUCUGAUACAAUAAUGAUGCCAUUAAAACAAGGUAUAAACUACAUGAAUUUCUCGAAGUAAUACAAAUAGAAUAUACCUGUUCACAAUUUCUUAACAUUUGCUAUACAGUCAAAAGUCGUUAAUUCGGACUCUUCGGGACUUCGGUGAUUCUGGAUUAUAGAUCAUCAGUUUAAAUCGCGUAAGAUGGCAUGCAGAAAUUCUAAAAUUAAAAAUAUGAA